CAAGGAGAGGACAGUAUUUGCGCGGUGAUGCCGCGGAAUUUUUAUUUUACUAACAAAUAGUUCUAUUCUCGUUAGUGAAAACGCCGUGUAACAACGUUAUUAUUUAUUUUAACACCACACAUUUUAUCCGAAAAACAGUCCAGUGCGAGAUAGAAAGUCAAAGAUAGCAUUCAACGGACUUUAGAUUUGCAAUUGUUGACGCGGAAAAAUGGGAGUACCAAAGUUUUUCAGAUAUAUUAGCGAAAGGUAUCCUUGCCUUAGCGAGAAACUUAAGGAAUAUCAGAUUCCUGAAUUUGAUAAUUUAUAUUUAGAUAUGAAUGGCAUUAUACACAACUGCUCUCAUCCAAAUGAUACAGAUGUUUCCUUUCGUAUAACAGAAGAAACUAUAUUUAAGAACAUAUUUCACUAUAUAGAAAUAUUAUUUCGUAUAAUACAGCCACAAAAACUAUUUUUUCUGGCUGUAGAUGGUGUGGCACCACGUGCCAAGAUUAAUCAGCAGAGAGGUCGCCGUUUUCGGGCUGCUAAAGAUGUUGAAGUACAAGAAGCUAAAGCAAGAGCCAAGGGUCAAGAAAUCCCUAAAGAAGCUAGAUUUGAUUCUAAUUGCAUUACUCCUGGAACAGUAUUUAUGUCAAAGCUGAAUGAACAAUUAAAAUAUUUUAUUACAUACAAAAUUUCUACUGAUAAAUUGUGGCAAAAGUGUAAAGUUAUUCUUAGUGGAUCAGAGGUACCUGGUGAAGGAGAACAUAAAAUAAUGGAUUAUAUUAGGUACAUAAAAUCUCAACCGAAAUAUGAAGGAAAUACCCGCCAUUGUUUAUAUGGAUUGGAUGCAGAUCUCAUAAUGUUAGGUUUAUGCUCACAUGAACCUCAUUUCUCUUUACUUCGUGAAGAAGUAAAAUUUGGCAAACAGCAAAAGAAAAUUUUAACUCCUGAAGAAACAAACUUUUGUCUUUUACAUUUGUCUUUAAUGAGAGAAUAUCUUGAGCAUGAAUUUUCCCCAGUUAAAGAUAAACUUAACUUCAAGUUCGAUAUAGAAAAAAUUAUAGAUGAUUGGAUCCUUAUGGGAUUUUUAGUAGGAAAUGAUUUUAUUCCACAUUUACCAAAUUUGCAUAUUGAAAAUGGUGCACUGCCAAUUUUAUAUAACGCUUAUAUGGAAGCACUACCGACUUUAAAUGGUUACAUAAAUGAAGCGGGAAUCCUGAAUUUAGAACGUUUUGAAAAGUUUAUGGCAAAACUUAGUAGUUACGAUAUACAACAAUUUGAUGAAAUAUAUGCAGAUCUAAAGUACUUUGAGGGAAAAACAGGAAGAAGGAUGAAUGAAAGUGAUAGAAAUUAUAAGUGUUCUGUAGAUGAAAAUGCCUCUCCGAAAAGAACUAACAAUAAGGCUUUAAAUGCUUUGAUAAUGGCUACUGAAGACGAGUUGGGAGAGUCUGAUGACGAUGAGGAUGAUUCUGAAGAGGACAGAAACAUGCAAUUAGAAUUUACACAGCACAAGCGUGAAUACUACAUGAAUAAGAUGGAAUAUGAAAAAGUUGAUGCAGAAAUAAUGCGUUCUCAAGCAGAAGGUUAUAUUAGAGCGAUUCAAUGGAACCUUCAUUACUAUUACAACGGAUGUUGUAGUUGGUCGUGGUAUUAUCCACAUCACUAUGCCCCAUUUAUCUCAGACAUAAAAAAUUUUAAGGAUUUGAAAUUGGAAUUUGAUAUGGGAACACCAUUUUUACCAUUUGAGCAAUUGUUAGCUGUUCUGCCAGCUGCCAGCAAAACUUUGUUGCCAGAUGCUUAUCAUGGACUCAUGACAGAGGAAAAUUCUCCAAUAAUUAAAUACUACCCAUUGGACUUUAAAACCGAUUUGAAUGGAAAAAGGCAAGAAUGGGAAGCUGUUGUUUUAAUUCCACUUAUCGACGAAAAAAGCUUACUAGAAGCAAUGGAGCCAUGUAAUGCAAAACUAACAGAUGAAGAAAGAAAAAGGAAUAGUCAUGGACCAAUGUGCGUAUUUGUAUAUACUGAAAUUGACAAAGGACUGUAUGAAGCCCCACAGUAUUUCCCAAGCAUUCGAAGUCAUGCAGAUGUGAAAUUAAUGAGAAGAGAAGAAAUUCUGGUACCUCAAGUUAAGCUUGUUAAGGGUUUAUGCAAAGGAAUUCAACUAAAUGUUUAUUACCCUGGAUUCCCAACAUUGCAACACAUUCCUCAUUCUUCUGCAUUAGAAAAAGCAAAGGUGAAAGUAUUUGAACAGGUUUCUAGAAAAGAAAGUAUGAUUCUUACUGUACUGCCAAAAGAAGUACCAGAUAUUGAUGAAUUAGCUAAGAAAUGGUUGGGUAAAACAGUAUUUGUCAGCUGGCCUCAUCUAAUCGAAGCAUUCGUUAUUGGAAUUUGCAAUUCGAAAAAAAAAAUUAGUAUUCCACAUCCAUCUUCGAAACAAUUCUCUGAUAAUUCUCGCAAUUUUGUUACUGAAACAAUGACCGAUCCCCUCCUGGUUGGGUUGAAUAUUUACAGAAAAAGUAUCACGGAAACUUACAAAUCACGUUUUGGAAUCGAUGUUGGCAAGAUAGACAUAGUGGUACAUGCAUGCCCAAUCGUCGGCAGACAAUAUGUAUACAGCGCUCAAGGUAAAAUGACACUCGAAAAACAGUGGAACGACAACCCCGUCGGUUACGCAUAUCAAGUUAUUUUGCGUGACAUUACCGUACAUAACCCAGAGUUCAUUCAAUUCACAUCCAUCACGGAGGUGUUUAAACCUAAAUCAAUUUGCUUUAUGCUUGGUCAUCCUUACUAUGGCGCCAGAGGCGAGGUUGUCGAGCCUGCCGUAGAUUUGAAAACAAGUCGAAUAAAAGUGGCUAUGAAUGUAUCCCUAGAGCCAAACUUUGACAGAGUUCGCCGAUUGCAGACGGAAACAAGACUGAGAUACAUGCCUGGUAAUAUAGCUGCCCAGCGAUUGGGUAUAAGUAGUCACCUUCUUAGUAGGAUUACUGGAACAAUUCUUGUGAUAAGCGGCGAUGCGUUAGAUCCUGUCAAUUCCAGCAAGCAUAAUUUAGGAUUAAAUCUCAAGUACAAUAAAAAGAACGAAGAGGUUGCUGGAUUCACUAAGAAAGACCAUAACAACGUGUGGUUGUAUAGUACAAAAACUAUAGACUUCGUACGCUCGUACAUGGCUAAAUUUCCCGAAUUAUUCGAACGAUUGGAACAGUUUCUUGUAACAUCUGAUAUGUUUCAAAAAGACGAUCUGUUUCCAAAAGACACAGCCGACGAAGCAGAUGCAGUAGCGACGUGGUUGAAAGAACAGCAAAAAGCGUUGAAUACGACGACACGAGCAUGCGGUUAUGAUUCAUUGGAGACUGAUGUCGUAAAGGGUAUCGAGAAAGAUAUCGAUGAGUACCUAAAUACUCAAGAACAAAAUAGCAAAACUGUUAUCAUGCAUGUGAAGCCUCAUUUACUUUACAAACCUGGCUUGAAUUCGGGUAAUAUACCACCAGACCCGAAGGCGCAGCAUCGAUUGUUCGACAGGAUCAUCUGCGUGAGAGAGAAUUUUACUGUUCCAUUGGGGUACAAGGGUACGAUCGUUGGAGUUCAGAAAGGAGACAAUCCGUUGCUGAACAUGUAUGAAGUGCUGUUUGACAAAGCUUUCGUAGGAGGUAUUGUGAUACACGAAUGUUCGCCAAACCGUAGCUGCCGACUCGCGCCAAGUGACUUUAUCAACAUAAGCUACGGUAUCCAAGCCGAGAACAAAAACAACGUGAACAAGGUGAACGUGCCUUUUCCUACUAAUAACUGGCGACAACAGCAACAAUUUCAACAAAUCCAACAAAAUACUAAUCGUUUCCCUAACCAAACUGAUCAACGAACGUCUCGGAGACAAUCUCAACAAUCUCAACAACCUCAAACUCAGCCACCAGAUCCAUCAGCUCUCAAUAGUUUCUAUCCUGCUUUCGCAAAGAAUGGACAGAGACAACAUCAAAAUCCUGGUAGUAGAAAUCAGCAGAACAAGAUUGGUUUGAACGAAUCGCCGACUCAUCAGAGACGUCAACAGAAUCAAUUCCCUCAGCCACCUGUUGUUUUGCAAAAAGCUUCAGAUGCACCUAAAAAGGCUAAUCAGUCUUCUCCUCAGCAACAGCAGCAGCAACAACAACUACAAUCACAGCCACAGUCACAACCACAACCACAAUCACAACCACAACCACAACCACAACCACAACAACAACCACAACAGCAACGGGAAGGGCCGCAGAUUGUGCAAGGGAUCUCAGAGUUCCAAGCGUUGUGGAAUGAACUAAAUAUGAUGCAGAAGCCAGCAGAUUCACCGAUAACACAAGUGUCACCUUCUCAAGCAAGUGACAAACCAAACCCACCGUCGAGCGCCGUGAAAGAUUCGCCUCAAGACCCGAGUGCUUUUUUGAAAGCAAUGUUGAAAAUACCGGACGAAAGUGCGCACAGCAGCAGGAGCAAACCGGUGACGACCUUGGCGUCAGCAGCUUCAAAUGCUGUUGUCAAGUCGCUACCUGCACAUCAGCAGCAAUGUGCACCGCUGCCAAGUAAACCCGUUGCCUUCCCAUCGCAAACUACUAAAACCACCACCGAUACUCCACCUUUGGUACAACAGUUGUUCGCUCAAGCACGUCAAGCCGAAAAAAGUGGCAAAAACAUUUGGUACUGUUCGCAAUUGUUGUCGCACUUUCAAUUAUUGGAAAUUGGAUUUCCACGAUACGUCUAUUGCGCAAGCAAGGAUGGCACGGUUUGUGCUCAGAUAAUACUACCAGACAUGCGAACAUUUUACGGUGAAUUCUGCCGUACGUCCGCUGAAGCUGCCGAAAGUGCCGCUAAAAAAGUCUAUGAGGAACUAGGAUUAGGAAAAGUUCCACCGACGAAUGUACGAUCAAAUCCCUUACGUCCUCCACCACAACAAUGGUUCAACCCCCGAAUAGGUCCAAAUAUACGCCAACCGCCACCACCGCAACAAGCCAACAUUAAACCAAUGUUACCAGCUGCCUUCCCACAAGUUCCCAUGCAAGCUCCAAUGAUGCAUGGUCCAAUGGUACCACCCAUGCCUAAAUGGUCACCGAUGAUUCCUCAAAAUCCGAAUUUCCCAGUCGGACCUCAACCGCCGGCGAUCAAUCAGAACAUAUUACCUCAUCAACAGCAGCAACAGCAAAUCCAAAACAAUCAGCAGCAACACGAUAACAGAAUAAAUAAACCAGAGCUUUUGAAGAACACCAAUUUCGUGCCACUGCAGGCACAGAAGAAGACGAGAAAUGUGAAAAGGCAACCUGCUGAUGAGAAACAGCAGUCAUCGCCGCCAAAACACCAGCAGGAAACAAAGGAGGUUGCACAGCAAUACAAGGUUGAACAAAAGCCUAAAGACUAUACGCUUAAGGAUAUAAAGCAAGAAAAAAGCAGUCCCAAUAAAUCUACCGAUGUUGCCAAUCCAAACAAUCAGGUACAGAAUACGCAACAGAAGAGUCAGAAAAUUGUUAAGCCGAAGAAAUCAAGAGUUGCUGCAAAAUUUCUUUCGGAACCAAUAGCAAAUGGUGAUCGCCAGUAAAUACAUGAUUGUUGACCAUAAACGGAAAAAAAACUUGUGUUAUGUGUGUAACCGUAAUGAAAGAUGUUUUCCCCUGUUAAUAAAUAUUUCUUAAGGAUCUAUCCUCAAGGAAUAUUUACUAGAUCACAAUCAUUUAUAUAGAUGAAUACAGUUUGUUUUUACUGCUUUAGUCCGUUAGUGCGAUAAAUCAUUUCUAUAAGUAGUGUUUCACUCAUUUUCUGUCGAGUGUUGUUUGAGAUUAAUCGUAUUUAGGAAAAGAGUAUAAUAUAUGUAACUUAAUUUACACAUUCUUGGCAAUCAAGAGAAGAAAAUGAGGAUAAAGAUAAGAUGACUUUUAUUUUUGUAAAAAUGAUCUAUUUAACGUACUGUAAAUCAUUGAGUGCUUUUUAUACAGAGAAAUGUGAAAGCGAUCGUUUGUACAGCAAAUAAUCAAUUAUAGUGUUUAAUUAACUUUUAAUGCUCUGUAACAAUUCUUUUUUUUUUUGUUUAAAAUCAACGCAUCAGACUGGUUUACAAUAAUAAUUUUACAAGGAUAAAAAACUAUACGUGUUAUCACUUUUUAGCAAUUGAUUUUUUUGUUAAAAACAUGCAAGGAAAUAACACAUUUAAUAUAAUAGAAAUUAUUGUCUAUUGAUUUACAUGAAGAAAUAACUAUUACAGAUAAAAGUAUAAGGCUUUUGAAGUUUUAUUCAAUUUCCAGAUGACCAGAAAAUACAGUUCAUCUGUGAUUGAAAAAAUGUAAGUUACAUAUAGUAAUUUAAAUAUUCGAAUUUAUAGAUUUAAUGCAAGCACUACAAUUUAUACCAAUUUUACUUUCCUUUCAUUUUUACUAUUAGUUUGUAAAGUGGCUUCUAAUAAUAAAAAGAGAAUUAAUAAAAUCUUAUUUUCUACUUGAUUCAAUCCUACAAAAUUUCUUAUACCACUUUCAAUGGAUUGGGUCAUUAAAGUUGAUAGUUUGCUCCCGUUCACUGUGCAAUAACGAUAGCUUCACACAAUCUAUAUGUAGAUGGCUUCUAUAAUAUUUAUUAUGCCACUGAUUCUCAAUCUACUUAAAAAUCUACUUGAAAAUUGAGAAAAAAUGGCCUUGUGCUGGUACCUUUUUUUGAAUGUAUCAUCAUUCUUUUAUUUGCCCAGUCCUUGUUUUUGUUUCGUUGUGUUCCUUCUAACUAUACAAAAAUUCAAUUACCCUCUAUUGUAGUAUGCAAUGCAUCUCAUAAUUUGAUUUAACGGUAAUAACAUGUAACUUUUAGUUGGCCGACGUUUUCUUCAGUUAUGAAUUUUAUUAAAUAUCUUUGGAGUUUUGUUUGUAAACUGCAUGCUAAUAAUAAGCGAUAUAAUUCUGUUUAGCCGCUGAUAAAUGUAGUUCUGCAAGUAUGGCGUGAAAUUAAAUUGGAAACACAAUAAAUUAAUUGUCACAUGUAGUUCCACUUUUAAAUUUAUUAAAAGGAAAGGAAGAUAGUUAUGACAAAAACGAAUUAAAAUUUGAAUCGUUCAAAUAAAUAAAAUUUAUACUUUGAGUGUAGUUGAAUUCAUAUUAUUUUAAAAAUAACUAAUGUACAUCUUGAAUGAAAUUAAUCAUGUCCUGAAAUAAUCAAAAAAUUAUGUCUCCAUAGUUACGACAAUGCACAAUUGGCUAUGGUUUAUAAUUUUGUUUAAAUAAAUUUUUCAAACAACUAUUUUUAUAGCUUAUUAUACCUUAACACAAACGAAUUUUAAGACAAUUAUGAAUUCGUAAGAUAAAAUAAAAGAUUUAUCGAAUUUUCAUAUUACUUUAUCAAAUAUAAUCUACUUGUACCACAUGCAGAUAUAUGUUUCUAUAAUUGUAAGACGCAUUGAAUGC